GAAAGCACAACGUGGCAACUGGUGGGCCCCACAUUCACCUCUAUAUAAAUGGGCCCCACAGCCCACUUCAUCCACACCAUACAAAGAAGAGGAAGUAAAAAAAGAAAAGAUGGCUGUUUCCAACAUACGUUUCAUCCUUCUGGCCAUUGCUGUGGCCGGAAUCUUACUUUCCGGCAGCAGGCGAACCUCGGCCGAUGACUGCAACGGUGAUAUAAACGACUUGAUCGCCCAAUGCCUGAAAUAUGUUCAGAAUCCCGGCCCGGAGGUCCCACCUUCUCAGGCAUGCUGCGAUGUCAUCAAGCGUGUGAACAUACCGUGCGUGUGCCAGCACGUGACCAAAGACAUUGAGAAAGCAAUUAGUAUGGAGAAAGUCGUCUACGUCGCUAGCUAUUGCCACCGUCCACUCGCCUCCGGUUCCAAAUGUGGAAGUAAGGAUGACCUUUAA